AUGACGUAUGCGACGUUAGGGGCUUUAUUAGUACAUUAUGUGCGGCAACGGGAUCUGGAAGGAAAACAGGAACUGUAUAAGAAAAGUUUAUGGACAGAUACAAGAGCGCUACUCGACGAAUUUGUGGAAUAUAUGGAAGAUGAUAAUCUAGAAAGCUAUUCAACCAAUUGUUUGAACGUGGGUUACCCAAGUCGGACCUGGCAACGGGUAAAGGUCGUAGCUAACAUGGGAGACAGAAUGAUGUGCACACUCAUGUCACGAGCAUUAUUUUUCAUGAAUGCGUGGGGUAGACAGUCUACGAAGGGCGCAAAUACAGACCCUCAGAAUGAAGAGUUGAAGGAACAUAUAAGGUGCGCCAUCGUAAAUAUAUUUAUGUACAUUUUGCUCGCAUCUCCAUGCAAAAGUACAAUGGGAAUAGAUAAUGCAUGGUACACUGUGAAACAGAUGGAGGAAUCUAUGGGUGGAUUAAUUAAGCAGGGAAAAUGUGGACACGGAGUGUUUGAAAACAUACAAACACAGGAAUUCGACAUGGCAAAAAAGAUUCAGGCAUGGAUGUGUCAUUACAUUCAGAUAGGGACAGUUCGGCCACGUGCGAUGUGUCCGCAAGGAUCUUACAAGGAAGACAUAUUCCAUUCCCCAAGCAUCUGA